AUGGCGCAUUCAACUCUGACAUUCAAUGAGAUGCAACAGCUGGAACGGCGGCAUCGGCGGUGGCGGCAGCGAUGGCUGGCGGUGGUGCUGGCAGUGGCUAUGCUUGAUGGAGCGUGCCCCGGGGAGACCAGUGACGCUUCUAUUGGAGUUGGCGAUCAGGGGUCUCUGGUUCUCACGAGUGGAGCGGGUGGUGCCGUGUGGACCGGAGCAUGGAAUGUUUUGGGACAGUUGGACGCUGCCAACAAGAGUCGGCAGGUUUGGGACUUUGAAGCGGGCCCUCUUGAGCCGUAUGGCGCCCUGUCCAUACCUUCUACAGUUGUGCGUGGGCCUCUGGUCGUUCUCAGCACUGAGUUUUAUCCCCUGCCGGAGCGAGUGCGUGCGGGCACCACCUCCCUCGAGCUGAGCGGAAGCUUUCAGGCGUUGGUGCCAAUGAGUGGUGUCGUCAAUUACGUGUUGAUUGAUUGCUGGGCCGAGGAGCGACAAAUCACCAGUCUCCUUGUCCGGCGCAAUGUGGCGAGCCAAGUGACAAUAGAAGCAGUCAUGGCCACCUGGCUCCAGGUGCAUGCGAGUGCCGAAGCCGUCGCGCUGUACCAGGCAGCCUCUAACUCGACGAUCCACCUGGGCAUCUACGCAGGGCGCACAGACAAACUGCCCUUGAUUGUGGUAACCACAACGCUCCGUGCGGUGCUGCAGACUCCCCAGCCGAGUUCCUCGUUGGCCACGUUGGCUUUGAGCCUGCCUUCAGAGGUGCGCGACCUGCUUGCCGCGCAAGGUCAAAGCCUCUACGCCAUGCUCCACGACCGCAGCUAUACCUACGUUUACCCGAUUAUUCUUCCCGCCAACGGAACUCAAAUUCGCACCGCUGUGGGACGUGUCACGGGUGAGGCCUGGUUUGAUGACUUGACCAACCAGCUGGCCUUCCGCCCAGGAACUACUCGGUUCCGCGUUGGCCUAUUGCUCAAUCAUCCCGAUUUCAACAUACCCGCCGAGAGCAUUGCCAAUGCUACUACCAUCCUCAACAACUUUGCCAUAAGGGAAGUCAUUAACCUGUAG